CGCCGCUAGCCUGGACCGUCAUUAUCUUUCGUGCGCGCGUGCACUACGCACUUGGCUAUAAAAAUACUUAAAUAGUGAUUUAAAUAAAAAUGUCGAAACGGUCACAUCAAGAAACCAAUGAAGACCGUUGGAGGAGAAAAAUAAAGGACUAUGAAGCUAAGUUGGCGGCGACAACAAAAAGACGUCGCGUAAUCUACUCCAGUGGAAGCGAUUCGAGCGAUGACGAGGCGAUAGAUGUACAACCAGAAGAACAUCUCAAUAACGACGUCAUCCAGACUGAGCUGUACACGGAUGAAAAUAAUGUGGUCGAAGAACCAGGCACCCAGUUGGCUGCACAAGAAGAGGAAUUGAAUGAUCCAUCAUCAUCAUCAGCCGCCCCGGUACCCAAUGUAGACCCUGAUUUGCUUCUUGCACUUGGGGAUUCCGUCACGGAUACCCCUGAGUGGAGUGACGAUAUUCUGCAAGAUAUAUCUCAGCGAUGGGAGCCCAUACUUAAAACGGGUCUUGCAAAGGAGAUCAAGGAAGAGCUUUUAAAGAAAUACCUUUUUCCUAAAAACGUUCCCUUGUCAAAGCCUCCAGUGCUAAACCCAGAAGUGUCUGCCAUGCUAACCGAAACGUGCCGGAGCAGAGAUGCCCGCGUUUCCUCCAAGCAGAAUCAAAUAGGUCGCGCUAUCGCAGCCUUAGGAAAAGCUAUGUCCGGCAUACUGACAAAGUCUAUGAAGGGAUCGGAGGUCGUUAAAAUACUUAACGACGCCGGCAAACUGCUCGCCGACUCUCACUUCUUAGAGACAGACACACGGCGGUCACUAAUUAUGCCGUUAUUAGAUAAAUCAUAUGUCAUCCUGUUCAAAGAGCGACAACGCGACAGUUUCCUGUUCGGAGAGAACUUAGGGGAGUUCAUCAAGUCGUCGAGAGGCAUAAAGAAGACAGGAGAGCUGAUCGCGCCUACGCCGCCCUCUACGUCAUCCACGAAUUUAAACUGGACGGGCCCGCCGCGCCAGCAACGCGUCAACCGACCGCCAGUACAACGCGGCGGCGGGCAGCGAGCACCGAGGGCGGCCGCGCCGCCGCCGCCGCGGCCGCGCCGAGCGCCGGCCCCUCCCGCGCCCGCCCCGCGCCGAGCGCCGCCCGCAACCAGCCGACGGCCGGCGCCGCGGUCGAGAUCCCCACACCGGCGUGCGACGUAGAAGUACAGGCAGGUCGACUAAGAUUAUUUUUUGAUACUUGGCGUACUAUUACUUCUGAUAAUAACGUCCUAGAUAUCAUCUCGGGUUACAAAAUUCCCCUUAUUAAAAUACCACAUCAAGAUCCCGCUUUGUACCCUAAACAAUCGUUUAGUAGUAGCGAAUCUUCGGCUAUUGGAAAAGAAAUAUUACAUUUGCUAGAAAUUCAAGCAAUUAGACGUUGUGAGCCGGUUAAUGGUCAAUUUAUAUCGGGUAUUUUUCUCGUCCCUAAAAGUAGUGGAGAUAUGAGAUUUAUUUUAAAUCUUAAAAAGUUAAAUAAAUAUGUACACGCAGACCAUUUUAAAAUGGAAGACUCGAGAACGGCCGUAAAACUUAUGACGUCUAAUUGUUUUAUGAUUAAUUUGGACCUUACGGAAGCAUAUUUUUCGGUACCGAUUGACGAUGAACAUCGUAAAUAUUUACGCUUUUCGUUUAAUGGUAUUUUGUAUGAAUUUUGUGCCCUCCCAUUUGGACUCUGUUCGGCGCCUUACGUAUUCACUAAAAUUAUGAAGCCGGUAAUGACUCGUUUGCGAUCGAGGGGUUAUAAAUCCGUAUCCUAUCUAGACGACACUCUAUGUAUCUCCGAUACAUACGAGGAGUGCAUAGAGAAUGCAACAGAAACAAUUAAGCUGUUUACCAACUUAGGAUUUAUUAUUAACUACAAAAAGAGUGUUUUGUUUCCUAGUCAAACUUGUCAAUUUCUUGGCUUUAUUUUAAACUCACGAAAUAUGACAUUAGAAUUGCCUUUAAAAAAAAGACAGACUAUUAUAGAACUUACAAGAAAAUUGAAGAAAAUUGAUAAGAUACGGAUUCGAGAUUUUGCUCGGUACACAGGUACGCUAACAGCCGCGUGUCCAGCAGUUUCAUAUGGCUGGGUAUAUACGAAAUCUUUAGAAAGAGCUAAGUAUUUAGCUCUCUUAGAAUCUGACAAUUAUGAUCGAGUCAUGAAAGUUCCAAGGUUUUUAUGUGAGGAUCUAAACUGGUGGGAGAACAAUAUCCUGAAUAUUUACAACCCUAUUCGUACAUUUAAUUAUGUUCUAGAAAUAUUCACGGAUGCAUCCACAACUGGCUGGGGAGCCGCUUGUGGAGGGGAGAA